UAAUAAUUUUGAGCAUUUUAAGAUUGCGUAGUGAAAGUAUGAUAAAACUGCAAAAUCAGAUAAGUCUGCUACAAUCUGAUUGUUGUUUAUUUUUUGUAUAUGUGAUGAAGCCAACACAACAGUGGAUCCCAUGGUGACACUCACGGGAGCCAUGGAGAUCUUUUCAGCACAGCAGCAAGAAGACAUCAAAGAUGAGGAUGAACGUGAAGCCAGAGAAAUGGUCAAGAGAGAACAGGAUGAAGCUUAUCGUUUGUCUCUGGAAGCUGACCGUAAAAAGAGAGAAGCACAAGAGCGAGAAGAGGCAGAGCAAGUCCGUCAGGAGCGAAUCAGGAAAGAGCAGGAGGAGGAACGAGAGGCUAUCCGUCUCUCACUGGAGCAGACCCUGCCACCAGAGCCCGAAGAGGAAGGUGGAGAGCCAAUCAGCAAGCUGCGCAUCCGGACGCCAAGCGGAGAGUUCUUGGAAAGGCGUUUCCUGGGCAGCUGUAAACUCCAGGUCCUGUUCGACUUUGUUGCCUCCAAGGGUUACCCAUCCGACGAGUUUAAAUUGCUUACCACCUUUCCACGCAGAAAUAUAACGCAGUUAGACCCAGCAUGGAGUCUUGUGGAGGCUAAACUCUUCCCUCAGGAGACCCUGUUCCUGGAGGCCAAAGAGUAGGACUGAUACGAGAUGUCCUGAGGCGAACAAGAAGGAUAAAAGAACAUUUAGCAUGAUGUCCACAGCAAUCACAACACACACACACACACACACACACACAACCUUCACACAUUAUCACACAGUGCAUUGUAUAUGAAUGCUGAGUGUACAUUUUUUGCACACGGAGGCCUUUACAAGCACAUGAAUAAAUGAUCACUCUCCUCACAUAA